AUGAGUCUCUCCUCAGCGAUGCAAAUGGGUCUUUUGGGGAUAUAUAUGCAAGUGGCAGAUGAUGGUCACAGUUCGUGUUUAGUCGCCAUGUCGCCUCACUGGUUAGCGGUCGGCCUUCUCUUCGCUGCCGCGCUCGGACAGGCUCUGCCGAAAACGAGGAAGGAUGCUACCUAUCUCCCGCCCAUCAAUACCGAGGGUCCUGACAUUUUGUACAGCGAGAGGUCUGUAGAUAAGGAGCGGAACGUAGAGAACAACGGGACUGACCACUUCACAAUACCCGGGAUUCAUCAUGGCGACGAGGGAGACGACAUCUUACUCACAGAGGAACAGCUCGCAGCAGCUAACCUGAGCAGGCUGGAGGGGGAGGAAUUGCUCGAGAAACUGGGGGACACGAUGCUGACCCCGGAGCAGCUGGCCGCCAUCCUCAACAGGAAGGCGAUCAACGAUGUCACCAGAUUCUGGCCUGAUGUCAACGGCUUCCCUCACAUUCCCUAUACCUUUGAGGAUGACCUGGUUGACAAGGCAGCCGUCCGGAGCGCCAUCCAGCACUGGAUCGACAACACCUGCCUCACCUUCACCGAGGUCUCGAACACCAGCACUGGAGAACGCAUUAAGUUCAUCCGCCACGCUUCCUCCUGUAACUCUUACGUGGGAAUGGUCAGCGGCAGCGGAGGACAGAUCAUCAACGUGCCCGUGUGGUGUGAACAGUCGGUGAUUUGGCAGUCUGGUACACGAGGUCGGACACGCCUUGGGCCUCUGGCAUGA